UCUGCAGCUGCAUCUGCCGGCCAAUCAAAGCGCCCUCCCCUCAACCAUCACGCCAGUGACCACAGCGACGCCAACACAGUCGCCUCUUCGGGACAUGCGCCUCGCCCCAAGCACCAGAAGCAGCACCACGUUGGCCGCCUGCACGGACGAGUGCCGUCUACCAGCAAGGGCCUGCACAAGCACAAUCACAGCUCGUCCUCGUCCAGAGUCAAUCUGAGGAAGCAGGGCUCGCCCACCGACCUCGAGCUCCAAUUCGCCCAGCGCCCAGUGCCGCACCGCCGCGCCACCAGCGAGGUCAAAUUGCCUCAGCAGGACCCGGCUGCCACCAUCCCCAAGAGCCUCUCGCAGAGCAACCUGAAGCGCAACCGGUCGCAUGUCGAGAUCAGCAAGCGCACCAAGUCUGCCGACAAGCUGAAACGCAGCUCCAGCGGCACCGGCAUCCACAAGCCCGCCAAGUCACAGGUCCAUUUCGAUCUCGGCUCAGACGACCCGGAAGACGAAUGGGUCGACGCCAGCGGCUCUAAUUCACCCUACCUGUCGCGAAAGGGCUCACUCAACAGCAGCACACAUUCAUCCUAUCCUCCGGGCAGUAGUACGGCAAAUUCUCGCCCGCAGACGCCGAGCGCGUUGGCCGCGCCGCCUGAAUCAUCGUCACCUCCUGCUCGCAAGGAAGCAGAGCGAAAGGACUUUCCCACGACGCGAUUGCUGCAGAGAAGCUUACACGGCGCUCCGCCUCAAAUGUCCACCGACAUGGCCAAGGCGACUCCCGUGCAUCUGUCGCCCGACUCGACCAGCCACGAGCCCUCUCCGCCGACAGAAAGCCAGGAGGAUGGCCUUGUUUCGCGUUUCGUUGAAGUCCCCAGCUCCGGCCUCACCAGCGAGGGCUCGUUCUACAACCCUAUUCGUGGAGGAGGCUCCCACCGAUCCGAGGACCUCCCGAUACGAGCACAUUCAAUGGCUAACCUAUCAAGAUCACACGAUUAUCCCAGUGAAAGCACUCUUGUAAUCGAGAGUGAAAACAGCACCCUAGUGCCCAAGCCCGCCAGGAGAACAGCUGCACCCUCAGCGAACACCUCGCGCACGCAGCAGAAACUUAACCUUCAGCGAGCCAGCUCAUCACUUGAGCCUGGACAAGCAGUCCCGGGCGUUGGCGGAGUCGUAGGAGCCGGACCUCUAAUUGGCAUCGGAGAUCCUGGGCACGAUGGUGGCAACAGUCGGGAUCCUCGCGUUGGCAAGCUCCUAGAGCGUACAGGCAUGGAAUACCUGGUUGUUCGGCGCCAUCAGAACCCGGUCGUGCGAUCGUUGAAUCGUCUAAGCCAAUUACCGGGUUUGGACAAGAACAAGAGGAUUCCUCGCUCCAACACCGGCUCUACCACAGCUAGCAAAAGAUCAACAGACCUCACCGCUCGUCACAUUCGAAACAUAAGCAUGCCCGAAGGACGCCAGGCGCUCCCCGUCAAGCGGGCAGGAUCAGUGAAAAUCAACGGCGCUGGCUCUAGCUACGAGGGAGACGACAACAUGAACCGACUGAGUGAGAGACUUAGCGGUUCUAGCCUCGUCGGAGGUGAGGAGGAGGAUGGGAUGGCUGCGCUCCUUCGGAACCUUUGGGAGAAACCAAUGGAUCUCAGCGCGAGCACAGAUUGA